AUGGCACCUUCAGACCUCGACACGCAAAUAGAUCAGCUUCGCCAAAAUAUUGCAACUUGGUCGGACUCUCAGAAGAAUGUGCAGACACGGCGAGAUCUGCGGGCGUCCGCCCUCGCACUGGCCGCAUCGUUGAGCACUCCCGAAGAUAUCUUUGCUGAUGCCUUUUACCAGCCGGCACUGGCAGUGGCCAUUCUAGUGGCUAUGGAGGCCCAAUGGCUUCAAUGCCUGUCUAAUAACGCUGCCCCGCUGUCGGCAUCCAAGCUGAGUGAGAAGACCAACUCGUCACGAGAGACCAUUGUUCGAUUCAUGCGCGUUCUGAGUGCACACCGAGUUGUUGAUGAGAAUGGUCCGGAGGAGUUUGUCGCCAACAGCACUACCCACUGGCUGACAACGCCGGCGGCACUGGCCGGAGCACAGCACCUGUUUCCUCCAACUGCUGAAGCUUGUCUCCGGCUUCCAAGCUGGUUUGCGAAACGCAAGUUUGCCGAGCCAACAUCCCUCGAAGACGGCCCCUUCUAUGCCACUUUCCAGAAGACAUUCUGGGACUCGCUGCGGGACGACCCAGCUAAACAUGCGGCUUUCAGUCUGUCAAUGGAAGGUGUCUACGAGGAGGAUGUUAUCAAGUCUGAUGCCAGAUUUAUUGGGCAAAGCCUUCAGCGUGCCGGUGCACUCAAUGACCCAGAUCAGGUUCUCUUGGUCGAUAUUGGGGGUGGCACAGGGCAUCUGCUGCGCACGUUUCGUGACAUUCACAGUGGAUUACCAGGAAAGCUCGUGCUGCAAGACCGUGCGAGCGUCAUCCAGACGGCUGAUCCAAAGGCGAUCGCGGGCAUUGAUCUAAUAGCUCACAACUUUUUCGACGCUCAACCAGUCAAACAUGCAAAAGCAUAUUCGCUUCGACAUGUUCUGCAUGACUGGAGCGAUGAAGAUUGCAAGAAAAUCCUUCGUAAUGUGUGUUCGGCGAUGCGAAACGGGUAUUCGAGGCUCUACAUCUUGGACAUCGUGCUCCCCGAGCAGGGCUGCAGUGCACCCUCGUCACUGCAGGACAUCAUGCUUCUUGCAACUUUCUGUGGAAAGGAAAGAAGCAGGAAGCAAUUUGAUGAGCUGCUUGCGUCGGUGGGAUUGCGAAUAACGCAGGUCUUUGUGGCCGAUCCAUCGAUGUCGGAGGGUAUCAUAGAAGCGGAGCUCAUUUAA